AUGGGCGCUAAUGCUAAUUGGAGCUGGAAACCUCGAAUCCCCAGCGGCGGCGGCGGCGGCCUCUCGCAGAACGCUGCCGCCCCGCGCCUGCCGUCGCCCCCCGCCGCCGCGGCCGCCUCCCUCGAGCUCCUGGGCUCGCUGCUGCUGCUCACGCCGCUCAGGCCCCGGGACGAGCGACCGCCAGCCACCCUCACCGCGCCUGAUCCCCGCUUUUCGCCAGGAGGUUUAAGGUUGAAAUACUGA